AUGGCAGUGAAUUUUCUGUUGUUUCCCUCCCACCAUGAAGUCUUGCAUGUCCCGAAGGUGGCGACGCCAAAUGCUGAGUCAAUUUCAACAGCCUAUAUCGAAGCGCUUUUUAAUUGCAUGCUUGCAUUGAUACUUCAUUUCGACAAACUUGCUGAAUCACUGCGCUGUUAA